AUGGCGUCCCUGGGGGACGUGGCCAACGUGGCCCAGCUCACGGGCCUGGACGCCGUCCGCCUCAUCGCGCUCAUCGUCAAGGCGGCCUCCACGGCGCGGAUGCACAAGCACAACUGCCGCCGCUUCGCGCAGCACCUCAAGCUCAUCGGCGGCCUGCUGGAGCAGCUCCGCGUCUCCGAGCUCAAGCGCUACCCGGAGACGCGCGAGCCGCUGGAGCAGCUCGAGGACGCGCUGCGGCGCGGCUACCUGCUCGUCAGCUCCUGCCAGGACAGGUCCUUCCUCUACCUCCUCGCCAUGGGCUGGAACAUCGUCUACCGCUUCCGCACCGCGCAGAGCGAGAUCGACAACUACCUACGGCUCGUGCCGCUCAUCACGCUCGUCGACAACGCGCGCGUCAGGGAGCGAAUCGAGUACAUCGAAAGGGAUCAAUGCGAAUAUUCUCUCGAUGAGGAAGACAAGGAGGUCCAGGACGCUCUGCUAAACCCUGACCCUUGCACAAAUCCUUCCAUCGUGCUCAAGAAGACCCUCUCCUGCUCUUACCCAAACCUGCCAUUCAACGAAGCUCUUCGGAAGGAAAGCGAGAAGCUCCAGGUGGAGCUACAGAGAUCACAGAGCAACAUGGAUAUGAGCCAGUGCGAGGUUAUCCAUCACCUGCUUGGGGUAACUAGAACUGUGGCAAGUUCUAUUCCGGAGGACAGUGCAGAUGAAAAGGCUACCAAGAAAACCGAAAAGGUUAGCAAGAAAACCGAUUCAGACUACACAAAAGUUAAGGAAGACACUGCAAAAUCAUAUGAUGAUGACUCUCCGAAGAAGCAAAAGGACGCCUACAAUGCACCACGGAGUUCUACACCUGUUCCAUACAACCAUGAUCUGGUCUCGAGUACAGGAUCACACAGUGAUGAGUGGCAUGCGGACUUACUUGGUUGCUGUUCAGAGCCAUCUUUGUGUCUGAAGACCUUCUUUUUCCCCUGUGGAACCUUCUCAAGGAUUUCUUCAAUUGCCAAGAACAGGACCAUGUCUUCAGCAGAAGCCUGCAAUGACAUUAUGGCGUACUCCCUGAUAUUGUCUUGUUGCUGUUACACUUGCUGUGUAAGGCGAAAGCUUCGUCAACGGCUAAAUAUCGCGGGAGGGUGCUGUGACGAUUUCCUUUCACAUGUGAUGUGCUGUUGCUGCGCGCUUGUACAAGAAUGGCGGGAAAUAAAGAUUCGUGGUGCAUAUGGAGAGAAGACGAAGGUAACCCCGCCGCCAUGCCAAUACAUGGAACACUGACCGGCGGUGUGAGAGGCCUGGACUCUUGUAAAUUAAAGCUAUUGACCUAAAAUUGUCAGAAACCGUACUGCAAUGGUAGUGAUACAGUCAUACAGGUGCAACGUUACUGUAUGUGUUGUAUUUACGCUUACCGUCCGUCGUUCCCGUUGGUAUCAUGGGUCUUAGAAUUUAAUUGAUCUGUAAAAAGUAACUGAACUCAUGGGUUGCAGCCUUGCAGGCUGGUUAAGCCACAGUGUUAACAUCUUUGUUGUUGUCUGUAUUUCAAAGAGCCCCUUUGAUCUAUUGUUUCGCAAGACAA